AUGAAUUUCUCACUCUUUUCUGAUGUUUCCAUUUUGCUUCUAUCUUCAGGAUCAGGUCAUGGUGAGCGAUCGACACUAGUUUCCGAGCAGCAGGACGAAUCCUUCUCUCAAAACAUCUCACAACAGCAACAAAAUCGAACGAAACAACAAAAUCGAACCAAUGAUUUCAAAGAGUCGAUAAGUUGCAGAAAUGAUGAUUAUGAUGGUGUAGGGUUGGGAUUCCUGCUUUCACUGUCGAGUGCGUCGAGGAGUGAUGGCCCAGAACUCCCUUCCAAUGAAAUCGCCCAAAAAGGAUCAAUCACUUCUGCUUCUUCGUCAAUAACUGACUCAUCCAUAGCAUGGCAUGAAGUACAUGUUCAGAAUAAGGAGAUGAAAGUAUUCCAACAACAGUUUCGUGAUGUCAUGUUUGGUUCAAUUGGAGCAUCGGACGUAGAAGAAGAAUCUGGGUUUAGAGAGCAAUGUCCUCCCACACAGGGGUCUUUGAGUGAGCGGAGCGCAAAGUUAUUAGUUAUUGCUCCUAUGCAAAAGGAACCUUCGCCAAAAUCUGUCCGUGUCAGAAACUGUAAUUCACCCCAUUCGGAGGCACCUUCCGACGAAAUGACGACGAAGUCUCUUGAUCCACCGGAUGUAGAAAUGAUGGCAUCGCUAGCUGGACCAUCUCUGGGAGAGCAAUCCGAGCGCGACAGUAACUGUGGAUCAAUAACAGAUUCCCUAUCUUCCUUUGAGUACGCGUCCCAUGAGAAUAACCAUUUCUAUCGAAUACUUGAAAAGGUGAAAAGAUGGCGUCGUCGAAAAAUGAAAUCGAAUUACCAAGACAUGACUCCUCUGCGUAUCAGUACAGAGAGAGCCUCUCCGGACACGGAACAGAAUCGCUAUACAGAGGCUCAGGAACCAUGUUCAAACGAUACGAAACCUUCGACCAAGAAGAUGAAAAGAAACGAGAAGAUACCGUCGCCGAAAAUGGACCCGCCAGAAUUUUUCGUUCCAGAGAAGAAAUGCAGUAUCUACUACGAGAAAGCGAGCAUACAUUGCUCCCAGUGUGGCUACCAAUUCCUUGUCAGUAUCACCACGUUUCUUCUGCUUGUCGGUGCCAUCACUUGUGUCGUAGUGCUCUCGAAAUCAGAUGUGGAGACUAGCCCCACAUCUCCGUUUCAAUCAAAGCGUCAAGUCCUGCGAAAAAUGGUGGAAUUGAUUUCUGGUAUUGAAUCGUUGAAUAAUUCAACCAAUCCACAGUACAAAGCAUUUGAAUGGAUGUCAACAAUGGAUCCUACAGUGCUCGAUUCUUCACCCUUGGCAGUUGCCAAAACGGCUGAGCGAUACAUCAUCUCGUUACUAUAUUUUGCAAUGAAUGGUGGGGCGUGGACCGAGCAGUAUGGCUUCCUUUCUCCUGGACCAGUCUGUCGAUGGAAUGAUGGUGGAUCCGAGAAAAUCUAUCGCCAUGGUGUCGUUUGUGAUUCUAAUGGAAAUGUACUUCGAAUUCAACUUUCUGAGAAUAAUCUAGUUGGAAGCUUGCCAUGGGAACUUGACCGUCUUGAAUAUCUCCAAUUUUUGCACUUGCCAAGAAACAACAUCACUUCAACUAUUCCCAAUCAUCUUGAUUUUCAAAAUCUGCAACACUUUGAUCUAAAAUCGAAUGAAAUAAGUGGCACUCUGCCAACCGAGAUUGGAUUGCCAGAGAACCUCAGGUAUCUCAACUUCGGAUCUAACAAAAUUGGUGGUCCAAUUCCCACUGAAAUUGGAAGAUUAACCCGUCUCGAGUUCCUAAGUCUAGGAUCUAACUCACUUAUGGGGCAAAUUCCAAGUGAGCUGGGGUACUUGGGAUUAUCCAAGACGUUUGAUCUUUCUUUCAAUCUACUCAAAGGGAACGUCCCCUCGACAAUGGGCAGAUUAGAAGCCCUGCAGGUGCUACGAUUGCAGGGCAAUGCACUCACAGGCAACUUGGAUGCUGCUUUCUGUUCUCAAAGUUUUGUUUCUUUCACUUCAGACUGCCUUGUCAGUGAAUCAUCAAGUAUCACCUGUUCAUGCUGCGACACAUGUUGUGAUGAGGAGGUCUGUUGUGGGACAAUGGGAUGCCGCAGUGUCAGAUAA